AAGUUAUAGUGAUGAUAGGGAUAUUUAUACAUUGGUUUUUAAUUGUUUGGUUAUCGCUAAUUGUAAUAAAGCAAAAAUCAGUAUCAAUCAAUCAUUCGAUGAAGUAAGAUGGAAAAAAUUGAGUUGUUCAGAGGUCCAAGCGCAUUCAGAAAAAUUAAGCAGUUAAAUGUAAAUGACAUACAUAUUAAUCAAUGGAUGACAAACACAAAAGUUACUUGCUAUAUCCUUUAUGUCAGCGGAGUACCAGCAUCAUUUGCACUAUUAUCAAAACGUGACUUUGAUCCACUCGGAAAACACGAUGUACCAAGAGUAUUAGAUUACGUAUACACUUUACCUAACCAUCGGAGAAGAGGAUAUGCAUGCAAACUUAUACAUCACAUAAAGAAAAAUAAUGAAUUCACAACAUUUUGCUCCAACGAUGAAUCUGAACGGCUUUUUUUUAAAUGUAAAUGUAUUAAUCAUGGAUUAAUGAAUUAUAAUGUAAUGUUUAGAUAUCCAUAAUAAAUUUCUAUAAAAUAUAUACCAUAUUUUAUUUCCUUCGCGCUUAAUGAACCUUAAUGUACUUUAAAAUAAUGGAUGGUGUAGCGUACA